AGCAAGCAACAUCCAGGGAAAACCAGGAGAUAAACUAAAGAGAAACCUCGUCUGCCUGCUCCUGCUUGACGUUCCUGCAGCCGCUGAACUCCUGAAGCUUCCUCCGACUGCAAACAAGACACCAAACUGUGACACAAUGAAAGUGGCUGUGGUUUUCGUUCUGCUCUUCGCCACAGUUCUCUGCCGGCCGGUGAGAAAAGUUUCCGACAGCAGUUCAGAAAGCUCUGAAGAAGUGGUGAGACGACCAGCACCUCCAGCCAUCAAGAAACAGGCGGCAGUGGUUCCUCAGACCCGUGCUGCACCUGUGCAGAACGUUGUAGCAGCCGCUGCGGCCGGCUCGGACGAGAGCAAAGAGAGUUCAGACGAGGGCCAGCAGGUGGCAGCAGAAGCUCCAGCUCCAGAGGUCAAAUCUGACAGCUCAGACACAGCCUCAGAUACAGCCAGUGUCAACAGCAAGGACAGUGAAGACAGCGAUGAUGAUGAUGAUGAUGAAACAGAGGAGACUGAAACUGAGGAGGAGGAGGAUGAAUCCAGCGACAGCUCAGAGUCUGGCGAGUCCUCCACCCUGGCUCCCAUAACCAUCAGCCCUGUGGUCGUCACAGAUGAGCCCGUGAUUGAAACCACCGUAGAUCCCAUCGUGCCCACCAUCGUCACUGAUACAGAAACAGCCCGUGGCGACAACUUGGGAGGCUACCCCAGCGAAUACAAAUCCAUCGUCUACGUGGAGGACAAAUCGUACCACAAGGUUCCUGCUCCCUACAAGUCCUAUGAGUUUGUCGGCACAGGAAAGAAGAUGGCCUACGACAUGACCGAUGGCAAUGAGGUGGAGAAGUCACCGAAAGUGUACAAGGUACAGGCUCUUCAGGUCCACUCUGACCUCCUGGAGGAGGACACCAGCACCCCCGAGGUGGAGAGCCAGGGCCUGGAUGCCUCCUCCGGCACCUCUCAGGACCAAGAACCCAGCCCCCGCCAGGCCGCCCUCCCAGAGGAGGAGGAGAGCGCUAGCGCCAGCGACGCCACGACCAGUGAGAGCGAAAGCUCCAGUGCCACACAGGAAGAGGAGGAGGAGGAAGACGAGAGCAACAGCACCACAAGCGACAGCGCCAGCACCAGCCAGGAGUCUGAGGACGAGGAGAGUCAGAGCAGCGAGGAGGCCACGGCCACGCCUGGAGCCGCCGACAGUGACUCAGAUGAGAGUGACAGCACUGAGAGUGAUUCAGAUGAGCAGGGCCCUGGACCUGACACCACCACUGACAUGCCAGUGGUCAUUACUGCCAAAUAAGCCCCACCCGUCCAGGAAAUGGAGUGGAUGGUGGUGUCACAUUCACAUAAAGAGCGCAUGCUGCAUCCAGGUGCAUAAAGCCCCCUACCACUUUCCACUGCAGGGCCAAACAGGGUCAGCCAAGGCCUAAUUCCUAUUGAUUUUAAUGAGUUCAGCCACUAUUUCUGUGAUUAUUUGUGCAUCCUUUGUGAAGCAGAAAUGCUUUUUCUCAUCAGUUAUAUUUAAAUAAACCAGUAACUCUUUCCAUCCUGUGGUCUAGUCGUCUUGGUAAUAAACCCCAUGUUUGACCCCGCAGGGCGAAAGUGGUUGAUGUAACUUUAAAGGAUGUUGAAACCGACAACUGCUACCUGCAACAGGAGGUUGACCGACCUCACGACCUUUGUCCUAUCCACGCUACCCUCUGUUACUGCAGGGUUAAAGGUCAAAACUGGAAAAGAACAAAGAAACAAAGUUGAGUCCUGAUAUCUACACCAGCACAACACUGCAUUUAAUCAUGAAUUAAUAACUGCAAUAUGCAAACCUACAUUUUUUUUGUUUUGCUUAUGAAGUAAGAGAGGAAGCACACAGUUUAUUUAAGUAUUUGUAAUCACUUCAAGCAUGAUAAAUUCGGUGGCACGUGUAAAAGUCAUACACGUGCCACCUGUGUGGCUUAGCUUUGUUGCUUGCUAGUAUCAAAUGUGCUGGUGUAGAUAAUAGGAUGUAAACAAAGAGAAACACCAUCCGGUAAAGGGUUCAAUCAGGUAUAGAUGCAGUACACACAAACAUACAACACAGUCCAGAUCAUUUGCACAGUUCCUACCUACACUACAUGUUGUUUGACUCAUGUUGUUUACUGUAAUGUAUCAUAUUGUACCAUUUCUAAAAUAUUAAUAAAGUUCUUUUUCAUAAAAA